AUGGAUGAUCUUGAGAAAGCAAUAAAAACAUUAAAUUCUCCAGGAUCAACUCCAUCUGAGAAGUUGAAAAGUUUGGAGGUAUGCGAGUUGGUGGUGGGUUCUUCUGAAGGUUGGAAAAUAUGUUUGAAACACUUUAAUACUGGAACUGACGAUGAUAUUAGGUUUUGGAGUAUUGGGAGUUUAAUCAAGAUGAUAGGAGUUUUUCCUGGCGAGGAGAGUAAGACAGGUCCAUGUAAACUAAACAUGGACGACAAGAAGGUGAUUAGAGAAGCUUUGGUAGAGUACCUUCGUGAUGGAAUUCGUAUGGGAAAUACAAAAAGCUAUUUAAAGAACAAGAUUUCUGAGUUAUAUGUGACAAUGAUAUAUGUAGAUUAUCCAGAGAACUGGCCAUCCGCUUUUUUGGACAUAAUUUCUUUAGUUACAGCACACGAUUGGAUGCCAGAUAUGUUUAUAAGGAUAUUGUGUACUUUUGAUAACAUGAUUGUGAGUAAUAUUGGGAUGCAAUCUGCAGAAGAGAUUUCAAUAAGACGUAAGAUUAAAGAUAUUAUGAGGGUAAAUGGUGACUUAAACCAUAUAGUCCAAGCUUGGAUUUUUGUAGUUUCCAAACACAAGAACCAAACUCUUAAUAAGGAUAUAAUCGAGCUGCUUUCUUCAUCCAUGAAGAUGAUGGAGUCUUUUAUUGAUUGGAUUGAUAUAAGUUAUGCUGUGAACAAUGAGGUUUUGUCUAUAAUAUUGAGUUUUCUGAAUCCCAUUGAUUCUCCAGUUGUUGUUGAGACUUUGAACUUUUUAUCGGCAAUUCUUCUUAAAGGAAUGCCUCCAAAGUUAAAAAUCCAGCUUUUCAAGGAUUUGAAUAUUUCAUAUCUAGUAGAUAACCAGAUUACACUCAAUAUAAAAAACAUCACUCCAGAUUAUUUUCAGUCCCAGAUCUUGGGUAAGUGGCCCAUAUUGGAGAAUCCUGAAACCAUUAUCUCCAUGGAACAACGCUCUUUCGGAGAUCUUUACAAAGACUUCUGCUUGUUUCUUCUAACAUUUAGAGCUAAUUUUGUUCUUAAGGUCGUAAAUGAGCUUUUUUUUGCUAUCAAGAACCUUUCAUCAGAGCUUGAGUCUAAAAAAACAGAAGAAAGUGAUUUGGUUGCCUUUAGAACAGGAAUGGAGAUUCUUGAGACUUUACUUCCCUCUCUUAAUAUUAUACUUUCAAUUGAGAGUUCAGAAUUUAUGCAAAUUAAGCAAGAAACUUGCAAGUUUUUGACACAUUUUUCAUCGGUACUUUCAUCUACUGAAUCCUAUAUAUCAAGACUUUCUCAAGAUUUAAAGAACAAUACAUCUUUCUUUUCAAACUUUGUUUCUGGUGUCUUAUUUGCCUUACUAAAUGCUUUAAAGAAGCCAGAUUCUCAUUAUUUCUUCCAAACUGGAGGUGAAACCGAGAUAGAUUUACCUGGAGUUGUAGAACAGGGGAAAAAUUCUCCAGAUUUUGGUGCUUUAUUCCUUUCUCUUUUAGACCUUAAACCUGAAAUUGUAUGUGAAUUUAUGGAUAUGAUUAUUGAAAAUAUAACUAAAGAUAUCCAAUCAAUGAGCUUCAACCAAGUUGACUCCGUUUCUUUUUUAAUUGCAAAGUUUGGACAGGCCUCCUUAACUGAGAAGAAGAAGCUACUUAAGUCUAGAAACACUUCUUUGUCUGAAUCAAAACUUUUGAUUUCUAGCCACUAUGUAAGAUUUGUUGGAUCUCUUUUAAAGUGCUCCGAGAUUAUGUAUUUCAACUGUAAAUGUUACAAUGCAACAGAAUCAGGUAUUCAUAGAGAAAUAUUCCUGAGAAACUCUCUUCUCCAGAUAUUUAGAAAUUUCACAUAUCUCGUUGGGAGCAAUUGUGGAGGAUCUCUCAACAUUUGGAAUGAUGAAACCAGGAAGAUUCUUAACGAAAUUCUUGAUAUCCUACUUUCUAACUGUGGGUUUCUUAAUCCUCACUACUCUAUUUCAUAUCAGUCUUCCAAGUCAGUAGUUGGGAUUGCAAAGUCCUUCAGCAACUAUCUCUUUGACUACAUUCCAAAGUUAGUAAUAGUACUCAGAUCACAUGAGACAUUGAGCUUCAUUUUUAAGCUUGCAGAAAAAGGCUCAAUUAAAGAUCACUGCAUUGAUUCUUUUGAAAUUGGACUGGGAUCCAAAUCUUUGAACACCAUAUGUGAGGCAAUUGGGUUUCUUUUGUUCAGUAAACUCAAAUCCAGAAGCAGUUUAUCAGAGCAACAAGAGGUGGUUCUCCAAUACGAGGAGAUUGUAAAGCCUAUUUUGGAGUUAUCUCACAAACUAAUUGAACAGAUUUCAGAGAAUUCUAGCCGAACUGAUACUAAAAUCGAUCUUCUCAAAUGGAGAAGUGCUAUGGAGCUGGUUCAAAUGAUUUCUUCAAUUUCAGAUACACUGACUGAGCAGGUCUCAGCUUUGUCUCAUCUCUGGAGAGCUUCUUUAAACACUAUUCUAUUGCUUGCAAGAAGCUCAAAUUCCCUUUUAAUUUCUGAAAGUGGUGGAUUUCAGAUUUCCGUUCUCUCACUCAUGCACAAGUUUAUACGUAUUAUAGGUCCUGAAAUAUGCAAUUAUAUAGUUCCCAUUUGCAACUCGUUUUUGGUAUCUCUAAUUAAGCCAGAUAAUAUCAGACAAAAGGAGUUUCAAGGGGGGAAAUAUUCUGAAGCUUGUGAAGAAAUUUCUCAUUUAGUUUGCCAUUUGGUAAAUCUUUAUGGGAACUCGGAAGAUUUUACAAAUAUUUUUGGGACACUAAUCCCAGAGAUUUUCCUUUAUAUUUUGAAACUAUGGUUAUUAUGUUGGCCAUCGCCUGCAUCUCUAUGUAAUAUUGACGAAAGGUUUAGACAGACUGUUUUGGAAGACAUAGCAUUCUCAGUAGAGGCUCACCAGGCCAGAAUGUCCAUACAGCUUUCACUCCUGAAAAUUAUCAAUCAGCUUUCAAAAGAAACAAUAACUCUAGAACUCCUCGUGAAACUUUGUUCUACUGAGGGAGAAAAAAUGAAUGAGGCAAAACAAAUAUUAAAUCAGGUAAUUCUAAAUCCCGUGGGGGUGACAUCUAGUUUUGGAAUAAAAUCCUAUGUAAAUUUGGUGCCUUCAGCUUUUUUAUUUAGAGAGGCUUUAGCCAGGAUCCAAAACCCUGUUCUAUGUUUUCUUAUCUCAAGCUUGCUACCAUCUCUUUCAACUCCCAUUCACUGGCUCGAGUAUAACGGUGAUAGGCAUCUAUUUAGUGAUCAGGAUAUAUAUAUUCAAUCAGUUGAGGUAAUCACAAGUAUAUACUUAAAGGUACUAACUUUUUCAAAUCUCAGCUCCUCUUCGAGUAUAUCCCAAGAACUGGAAAAAAUGGGAAUUGAGGUGGCAACAUCCUUUUUGUGGUUUUCAAUUUUGAAUAACUCUCAUAAAGAAGAACCACUGCUAAAUUCUCAACUAGCACUUUUUAGGUUACUUAUAAAAGGAGAAGCUCCUCUAGUUCUCAUUGAGAGAAAUUCCAACAAAAAUAACAAGAAACAAACACAAAUAGGUCAAAAGUAUCAACAGGGCCAGGAUACAAACUCUAUUGUGGUUCCCCAAAAUGUUGUUAUGGUUACGAGAGACUUGGUUCUUUCUGGAACUAAAGCAGCUUUCACACAGAAAAAUUCAAGUUUAGUGAAUAAUCCAGAUGCAAUUUCAUUCACAAGAAAGAGCAUUUACUUAUUCUCUGGCUAUCACUACUUCGUGCUCCUAUCAUUUAUGCCUGGUAAUGGACUUCUAGAUGAGACUUUUAAACUAUUGAAUGAAAUCUCUCAAACCAUUGAUCCUCAAUUUAAGCAAAUUCUGAGGAAGUUCAUAGAAGAUUACCAAUCCUAUGUUAGACAGGUUUUAUAA